GUGAGAUUUGAUACUUUCCACAUUAGCGAGGAGCCCAUAAUGAUUAUCAUGUUCUAAAAAAAUAGCAAUCACCGUUGAUUAAUGAAACUCAAUAUCCACCGUGGAUCUGGUUUUAUAUAUAUUAAAUCGGACGGCAAGGAAGCCUUUCGUCAGUCGCUUAGCCGCAUUGUCUCGUAAAUCCCCCCACAAUUUUGUACAGUCUGUCUACAUCUAUCGUUAUCGUUCUUCUCGUGCUUUUAAAGAAACAACAAUCAAACGUAGAACCAAAUGACGUUACGUGGAAGCAGUUAACACACAACGAGAGAGAGAGAGAGUCCGUGUGGUAGUGGGAUCUGGAGAUAUUUGCGAAAUAGCAGAGUAAGAGAGAAGAGAAGCCAUGGCGAGAGGAUCUCUCGCAGUUCAUCUAUGGAUCUCUGUUUAUACUCUGCUUCUUCUCAGCUGCCAUUGCUUCUACCUCCCCGGAGUCGCACCCGAGGAUUUCCAAAAGGGAGAGUUGUUGUCAGUUAAAAUGAACAAACUGACCUCUACAAAAACACAACUUCCUUACUCCUACUAUUCUCAUUUGAGUAUUCUAUGUCCACUGCGCAGGGAGAGUUGUUGUCAGUUAAAGUGAACAAACUGACAUCUACAAAAACACUACUUCCUUACUCCUACUAUUCUCUGCCUUAUUGCCGCCCACAACAUAUAGUUGAUAGUGCUGAAAAUCUUGGGGAAGUUCUUCGUGGUGAUCGCAUUGAAAAUUCUCCCUUUGUGUUUAAAAUGAGAGAACCAGAAAUGUGCAAGAUAGUAUGUCGUUUAACACUUAAUGCCAAAUCUGCGAAAGAAUUCAAAGAAAAGAUUAUUGAUGAGUAUCGGGUGAACAUGAUUUUGGAUAAUCUUCCUCUCGUUUUCCCAAUUGAAAGACCUGAGCAGGAAAAAUCUAUUGUGUAUCAACAUGGUUUUCAUGUUGGUCUAAAAGGACAGUAUGCUGGGAGCAAAGAAGAAAAGCAUUUUAUUCACAAUCACUUAUCAUUUACAGUCAAAUAUCACAAAGAUAUUCAGACGGAUACUUCAAGAAUUGUAGGAUUUGAGGUCAAACCAUUCAGUGUUAAACAUGAAUAUGAAGGUGAAUGGAACGAUAACAUCCGUUUGACAACUUGUGAUCCUCAUGCGAAACGAUUGGUUACCAACUCUGAUUCUCCUCAAGAGGUUGGAGAUAAGAAGGAAGUUAUUUUUACGUAUGAUAUUGAAUUUGAGGCAAGUGAUGUAAAGUGGGCAUCUAGGUGGGAUAGCUAUCUUCUGAUGGCUGAUGAUCAAAUUCAUUGGUUUUCAGUUGUCAAUUCUUUGAUGAUCGUGCUUUUUCUCUCUGGUAUGGUGGCCAUGAUCAUGUUGCGGACACUUUACCGUGAUAUCUCCAAGUACAACCAAUUAGAAACACAGGAGGAAGCCCAAGAAGAGACAGGAUGGAAGCUUGUCCAUGGGGACGUUUUCAGACCUCCCACAAACUCAGAUUUACUCUGUGUCUACGUAGGGACAGGGGUUCAAUUUUUCGGGAUGAUUCUUGUCACCAUGAUCUUUGCUGUUCUUGGCUUCCUCUCACCUUCAAACCGAGGUGGGUUGAUGACAGUCAUGCUCCUACUUUGGGUCUUCAUGGGCCUGUUCGCUGGUUAUUCUUCGGCUCGUCUUUAUAAGAUGUUCAAGGGAACUGAAUGGAAGAAAAUUACUCUGAAAACUGCUUUCAUGUUUCCAGCAAUUGUGUUUGCCAUCUUCUUUGUCCUGAACGCACUAAUAUGGGGACAGAAAUCCUCUGGGGCAUUGCCGUUUGGAACAAUGUUUGCUCUGGUAUUCUUAUGGUUUGGCAUCUCAGUCCCACUAGUCUUUGUUGGUAGUUAUAUGGGUUUCAAGAAGCCAGCAAUUGAAGAUCCAGUAAAAACGAAUAAGAUUCCUAGGCAGAUCCCGGAACAGGCCUGGUACAUGAACCCAGCCUUCUCAAUCUUGAUUGGUGGCAUACUCCCAUUUGGAGCUGUCUUCAUUGAGCUCUUUUUCAUCCUCACCUCAAUAUGGCUGCAUCAGUUUUACUACAUAUUUGGUUUUCUCUUCCUUGUCUUCAUCAUCCUCAUUGUCACUUGUGCGGAGAUCACGAUUGUGCUAUGCUAUUUCCAGCUGUGCAGUGAGGACUAUCUUUGGUGGUGGAGGUCAUACUUGACUUCUGGUUCUUCUGCUCUCUAUCUGUUUCUAUAUGCCGUGUUCUACUUCUUCACAAAGCUUGAGAUCACAAAGCCGGUAUCCGGGAUGUUGUACUUUGGGUACAUGCUAAUUGUCUCAUAUGCUUUCUUUGUACUGACUGGCACGGUUGGCUUCUACGCGUGCUUCUGGUUCACACGGCUCAUCUACUCAUCUGUGAAGAUUGAUUGAUCCACGUUAUCAGUGAGGGAACGAACCAUAGAUGGGUUCUUGCUCUCUCCAGGAUUAUCAUUUGAGUUCAGUUUUGAAUCUUGAACCAUAGAAAUUCAAACUAGCACUUCCAAUACAGGUUCUUUGGCAGGUUUUUUUAGCUCUUUUUAUUAUAUUUGUUUGUCGGAUAAUCUCACUUAGUGAACGAAAUAUUCUGUAUGAAUGUGGGAUAAUCUCCCUAUUGAAUCCGGUAGAUCGUAACACUUGGAUUUGGGGGCUCCGCAAUUCUUUAGAGUCUACAAUUCACAAAAAUCAGUAUCAUCACUUGAAUUUAGGUCUUGA